AUGAGUCUUUCAAAAGUUACUACAUGGUUUUUCCUCGCCCGUUCGACUGCUCAGGCUCGAUCUUAUGUUAGUACUUUGCCAGAAAAUGCCCAAGGACUCUUCAAUGAGUCCAUGGACUAUCUGGAUCGGGCAUACGACGAAAAUGCUGGCUAUCUUUAUGAAAUGAGUGGAGCUUCUGCGUUGAGACACGAGACCAGAAGCUCGGAUGUAUCCGAAGCCGAGAAGAUAAUCUCCAAUGUCAUUGGUGGUCAAUUCAAGGACCCUCAAGCGCAGUGGUAUGGGGACUAUCAGAAGGAGCCUGAGGAACCAGAAGUGGGAAGCUCGUAUUAUGCACCGAGUAUAUACAAUUCAUGGGAUCCAAACUGGCGUGGUUUCAUAGGAACAGCCUUUAUUGUUGGUCUUGAGGAGUUUGGUUCCCUAAUCUCGCCAAAUGUGACUAGUCUGAUGCUGGAAUCAUUGUAUAAUUCGACCGUGGGUGACAGUUAUCGUGUCGGUGGAGUAGAUGGCGAUAAUUUGUAUCCUGCCUAUACCAAUCCUUCAAUAAUGAGAGCUUUUGUUUCCGGAUGGACCGGUCGUCGGUUGAACGACAGUAAUAUGACAAUCGCCGGCGAGAAUUAUGCACAACAAAUCGUUGACUUAUUUGAUCGAGCCAACACACUUUCGGAAUUCAACAGUGGAACUUAUACUGGCGUCUCUUUGUUCGCCAUGAGUUUGUGGGCUAAGUAUUUGCCAGAAGAUUCUGUGAUGAAACAAAGAGGUGCCUCGAUGAUCGAGUAUACUUGGGAAGCAGUAUCUAAUCUGUGGCAUCCUCAACUUUUGAAUGUUGCUGGUCCUUGGGAUCGUUCAUACGGUUUUGAUAUGACAAAAUAUCUGAGUCUUCUGGCACUCCACAUCUGGAACGCUGUAGGGAAGUCAAAGUCUUCAAUCAUCGACAAGCCUUAUAUUAUGUCACACAAUGCCGAUUUUGCUUACGGUCCAUUAUUCGCAAUAUUGUCCGACUUCCACAAUAGAUUGAUACCAGCAAAUGUGACAGAUGCCCUUGUAAAUUUCAAAGGAGAGCACACAUAUAUUUCUUCAACCUAUUCGCCGCCGUUCGACUACUGUCCUCGCAAUAUUACAGCUUGGCUUGCAAACAACAUCAGUAUUGGCGCUGAAACAUUCAACGAAAAUGUUAUAGGUGGACCUGCUAAGAAUCAAGGCACCUUCAACCCUGCUCUUAUGCAAUGGAAUACUGGCAAUGGAAUUGGCUGGCUCACGCUCUAUGCAACAGAAAUGCAUGUGAUUGCCGAGGCCGGUAGUGGUUCUUUAAAUUUGACGUAUCCGAAAGGAAAUGAUACCUCAAUUUUUACCUUUUUGGUAUCGCCAUUUGCCGCAAAGAGGACUAUCUCAACCAUUGAAGAUAUACAAGGGUUGCGUUUGAACGUGUCUGGUACAAUUGACAUGAAUUAUACCUUGUCUUACGCAGGAGAGUAUGGCGGCACAGAUGCCACUAUUAAUGAUUUUGAGUAUUGGAAUGUAACCUUCUCAAUGCCAACCGGCUCGACUGAAGUACCUCACAUUCUUCUAGAGGUUGAUCUUUGGUAA